CCCGCCGCCGCCGCCGACCGACCAACCCUCCCCGAAAAGCCGUCGGGGCAUCCCCCGAGUCAGCGGCAGCCACAGGAGAAGGAGGGCCGCGCUCUCUCGUCGAUCAUUCCGUGUUGCCAAACUUUUCACGUUGGGACCUGUAGCUCUGAAAGCAGCCAAAGAUGACGCUUCUGGCAUCUGAGCAAUCCAUGCUCAUUCGAAGAAGAUUUCGUUCUGUGCUCCAAAUGCGAAUGCAGCAUCGGAGGUCCCAAGAACAGCUCUCCGAACAACACUUAAUUCCAGGGCUCAGCAAAUCCCUCCCAACUUUCUCACAGCCUAGUGGGAUGCAAGGGCAGGCCAGGGCCAAUGAGACUGCCAAGCUCAAGGUUUCACCCCGGCCUCACAAGACCAGCUCUGCUAAGGGACAGCUGACUGAAGUGUCUCGAGGGGACCGUUCCGAGUUUCAGGAAAAGAAGGCUCGCUUAGCCGAAGACUUGAGCGAGAAGAUCUUGCAUCGUCCUGGGCCACUGGAAUUGGUGAAGAAAAAUAUUCUCCCCUUGGAUCCUGGUAUCCAGGAUGUUGUGACAGAUGCAGCCCGUUGUAGAACCCCUGAGUCCUUCAACUUUGAAGACGAUCUUAGUAGUUCCUCUUCCUCCUCUUCCCCAUGUUUCGCAUUGUCUCCAGGAGGUGGCCAAGGAAAUCCUUCCACAUCAGAAGCAGUUUUUCAACUGGACCUGCCCCCAGUCCUGGUGGAUCAACAGCCUGCUGUCACUUCAUCUACCUCUGAGGCCGAGUUCUCUCUCCAGGGGGGAAACCUCCUCAAGCCCACAAUUUCGCUCCCGAAGGCCUUACACAAAGUUCCUGAGGCCAGAAAGGCACCUCGACCCAAAAAGGCCAAGGAGCCCCGGCCCAAAGUCAAGAAGCUGAAGUACCACCAGUAUAUGCCUCCCGAUCAGAAGGGGGAGCAGACUCCCUUGCCCAUGGACUCCGCCUACGCUCACCUCCUGCAGCAGCAGCAGGUUUUUCUGCAGCUCCAGAUCUUGAAUCAGCAGCAGCAGCCCAUGGCUGCCCCUCCAGCAACCUUCUGCGUUCAGGCUCUCCAUGCUAUUCCCUCCAGCAAUGCUCCAGAGCAACUUUUGAAUUUCCCUGGGACUCCGGCUCCCACAAGUGGGCCUCCAACACUUCCUCUUCCUUCUCCGGCCACCCCAAUCUCCCCUUUGCCACCAAAACCGGAACUGUUACCUGCCAACUUAGAAGAGCUCACAGUCUCUGAACUCCGCCAGCAGCUCCGUAAGCGGGGCCUCCCUGUUUCUGGCACCAAGCCAGCCCUGCUGGAACGUCUCAAGCCUUACCAGGUGGCCCGGGUGAAGCCCCCACCUGCGCCACUCCCCAGCGCCCGCUUAGCGCCUUCUGAGUUAGAAGAAGAGCCCCAGGCCCUGCAGGAGAAGCAGCGGGCGGUGGAAAAUCUGGCGUUAAAGCUCCACCGAGAGCUGAAGCACCACGACAGCGACCCGCGCGAGGAGCUGGAGGUGCACAAGCAGAUCAAGAAUCGCCGGAAGGGAGCACUGCAGUCACCUUGCCGUCAGGAGGCUCCGCCCCCUCCUUACAUCCCCAAGAGAGAAUGCACCAAGGAGGGAGGGGGCACAGAAGACAGGUUCAUGGUUUUAUGCCCCACCUCGUGUGAGCCAAUCCAUUCUGAUAUGGAGCUGCCACUUGAGAUUACAGCCAGCCCUCCUGAUCCAGCCCCAGCCACUCGGUCCCUGGAGGAAGAACUCCAAGAGGCCAUUCAAAAGGCUCAGUUGGUGCCAAGCCAAUCCAUUGAAGAGAUUUUAGAGGAACCACUGAUGUGUACAGGUGACAUUCUUCAAGCACCUGCUUUGACCCCAGAGGUUCCUGAUCAAGUUUCCUUGUCCCCAUUGGUCCACCAAGAAGCAUCACCAUCAAAGAAAUCCUGCUCCAGUAAUGAGCCACCUUUGGUGCCCUCUGCUUUGUUUGAUUUUCCAGGACCCUACGAUUUCCUUUCGACAGCCUCCUCUUCCUCUGCAUCACUGGAUUCGCUGUCCUCUGUUUUCUCUCCUGACUCUCUUGAGAUGCCGCCAUCUCCCCCAGACGCCUGGCAAGGAAGCGGGACCCGUGCCGGAUUUGACCCUGUUGAUUGGCUAGAAGCUUUGACCUCUGGUUCAGCAUCAGGUCUCGGCUCUGCCAGUCCGGUUGGUAGCAGCAUCUUCUGUACAGACCUUUUUGAUUCUUCUGACUUGGGGGUCAACCACAUGAUAGACCUAAUGGUGGAGCAGUGGUAGUAAGGGCACCAACGGCAGUCUGGUCCCCAACCCUUGAUGGAAAAGGGGAAGCAUCUUCUUUUUACCCUAAAAGGUCAUCAUGGCGCUAGAAUCCAGCUAGUUUGGGCAGUAAUACUAACAUCAAGCUUCAUUGUACAUGGUCUUUUUUCUGUUAAUAACAUGUCCAAUUGCUCCCUUGGAGGAAUGAAGCUAUUGUUGUCUGAAUGGUGUCACUCUAUACUCAUCCUGGAUGGCCAAACAUGCCAGAAAUCCUGGCAUCCAUUUUGGACAGAUAGAACCAAUGUUUGGAAAAUCAAUCACCAUUCUACCACUUCAAAUUCAUGACGUUAUAGUUUAGGACAUUAUUAUUUCACCUUACUGUGAAGUAAAACAAGUGUUGGUUUUCUGUAAUGUCAACUUCUAACAUCACAACAUAAUGAAACAAGUUUUAGAAACUAGUUUCAAUGAAACAGUUGAUACUCAAGGUUCUCAAUAACUUUCUGUGUCACUUUAGGAUUUAAAAUAUUGUGCACCAAUGUUGUUGGUUGUAUUUGCUACAUUGAACCUUGAUUAUUUGCCUGAUGCCAACUUUGGAAACUAUUAAUUCUCAAAAUCAUGACAUCUCCAAGGGGCCAUAUGUUAUAGGUUGAAGCAUAAUUUCUAGACCUAUCUGGACAGUGAUGUUGAUUUAGAUGCUAUGUACCUGAGAAUGACAUGCACAUAUUCUAGCUUGGUUGAGCCUGCUAUCUUAUUUUGUUCAGUGCCAACUCUGAAAAAAAUGUUGGGAUUGUUCCAUCUUGACGUCCCAUGGUUAUGGACAAGUUUUAAUUUCCAGGGGCCACCAGAAGAGACUGCACCAGAAGCAGCAGCCUCCCUUUUCUUGAAAAUAUGGCAUGGGAUAGGAGAAUAUCUUCUCUUUUAGGGACAAUAUCUUAUUUUUAUAGCUGGUCAUAAAAAGGUGCCAUUUGAACAGGAGAUGUCAUCUUUGGUGGAUUGUGCCUUUCUAACUCUUAUUUUUUGUCAUUUUUACUUGGUGUUAUGAAACGAAACGAUGCAUACAGAUUCAUAUUUACACAAGAUCAAAAUCAUUCUUUGGGCUGGUGGUGGAACAGCACCCUAAGGGUGUUACGUAGGAAGAUGUCUAUUUUUUCAGGGAGAUGGAGGGCAUUGGUACCUUACGUCCCAGUAGCCCAAGGUUGCUGGGAAACUUAGGCCAAUGUGUUAGUCCAAACAUUAGCAGCUAACUGUGGCAAUUGCUCAUCAUGCUGCGUGAAAAUAUAGGACACAUCAAAACAAAUGUUUGAUCUGGUUGAAUUAUCUCUGCUAUAAUUUCUGUAAAUUGCAGGUCUGGGAGGACAUUCUUGAGUACACAGUCAUAAAAUGUACAUGGAACCCACUAAAUUACAUUUCCCCAGCUUAUUUGGCAGAAAUCUUAUAAAAGGUAGGCAAAUGAAAAGUGACUAAAAACUUUUUUUGUAAAGGUAUUUGCUUCGGGUAUAUUUGCACCUGCACUAUAUUCUUAAAAAGUUACAAGGUGUCCUCCAGACCUUGUUGAGACUACAACAACUCUCAGAAUUGCCAGAAUUGCAUUCACUUGGCUACUUUGGUUGGAGAUUAUCAACUGUAAUCUCAACUAUCUGAGGGAGCACAAGAAUUGGGAAUGAAAUCUGUAACAAUUGUUAUAGAGAUUCUCGGUCAUCCAGGUCAUGGUUGUCCCAAAGGUGCUUUUCAAGAAGCAACUGGAUUUUCUGGGUUUUCUUUGAAGAUAUUUUGUUUCUCAUCUAAGAAGCUUCUGCAGUGGAGAAGAGCUGAAAAACCUUCUUGGAUGAGAAGCAAAACGUCUUCAAAGAAAAACCAGAAAGUCCAGUUGCCUCUUGAAAAAGUACUUUUGGGACAACAGUUGUUAUAGUUUCCUCUACCACAGUGUUUUUCAACUUCAGCAACCUUAAGGUCCAACUCCCAGAAUUCCCCAGCCAUAUUUGAAGUCCACACAUCUUAAAGAUGCUGACCCUGAUCAAGGUUAUUCUAGAAGAGUAUUUCCCAACCCUGGCCACUGGAAGAUAUAUGGAUCAACUCCAGAAAUCUGGGAGUUGAAGUCCACACAUCUUCAAGUGCCCAAGGUUGAGAAAACUGCUCUGAUAGUCUUGACCAUUUUUGUUGUCUUGCAGAUUCAGCCCUGUGGGAUUAUAUUUUUCAAUUUGUGGCAGAAAGGAAGAUGAAUGCCUAUUAAAUUAGCACCUUGACAUUGUGAAUUAUCUGUGUUUCUUCAGAGCCAUUUUUUCAGCAAGAAAUCAAAGAACAGUGCUUUAUUUUUUAAGACAUUAACUAGAUGCUGUAUAAGGCGUGAAUGCAAAAUUACCCAAAUUAAUCAGAGAAAGAAAGCAGCCCCGGGGGGAGGAAGCUAACAAGCUGGCAAGAAAAUCCGUGUUGCCUAUGUUUGCGGCAUGUUUGUCAUUUGGAAAGAAUAAUCCAGGGAGAAGCGAAGCCCAUUUCCAAAAGACAAAAUUGCUGCAUCAGGAUUUCCAGCCGUUCCCACCAAUCCUUAGACUCCUUCAGCGUAGCUAUCAAUUCAGUGAUAACGUCCUUUAUUUCAUCCGCUGCUUAUACUCCAUUGGGUUCUCCAGCGGGGUUGUGCAGAAGCAAAAUGAUUUAUUCAUGUCGUUUGAUAGUGACGGGGCAAAGCAGCCUCUCUUUUGAACAUGCCAGAUGGGUUGGGACUGCAACUGCCAACUUUGGGCAGAGUGGCUGGCAAUUCUGAAAGCUGCAGAUCCAGCACAUCUGGAAGACACCAGGAUGGAGAAGCACGGGACAAGCAGAGGCUGCCUCCCAGCUCAUAGCUGUUUGCCCAGCCAGCUGCUUGUGACUUUUCUCCUCUUUUCAGUUCUUGAUGAGACUCCAGUUUAGGUCAGUUUGUGGCUGGGGAAGUGGGGUAGAACUCAGCAGGCAGAGGUUGGGUGACUUGAAAAGGUGCCAGACCAGUUCAGCUUUCCUGCUGGGAAAUGAAUUCGAAAAGCAGGUGGUCUUUUGUGCUAACAGUACUAUGCAGAGAGAAUUCAACUCCUGUUUACUAGUUACUUUCUGAAUAAACACCAUU